UAUAAUUAUAUAUUUUUUUCUUCUGUAUGUGUUGUACCCAUUUGUCCUCUUCUUAUUUUUCACUUAUUUUUCUUUGAUAUCCAGGGACAACCAGACGAGACAAAUACAAGAUGCUGUUUCAAAUGUGGAAAAACAUUUUGGUGAAUUGUGCCAAAUAUUUGCUGGAUAUGUACGUAAAACUGCCAGACUACGAGACAAAGCAGAUCUUCUAGUAAAUGAAAUAUAUGCAUAUGCAGCCACAGAGACACCAAACUUAAAAGUUGGACUGAAAAACUUUGCAGAUGAAUUUUCCAGACUUCAGGAUUAUCGCCAGGCAGAGGUUGACAGGCUUGAAGCCAAGGUUGUUGAACCUCUGAAAAGUUAUGGGACCAUAGUGAAACUUAAAAGGGAUGAUCUUAAAGCAACUUUAACAGCAAAGAACAGAGAAGCCAAGCAGUUAUCUCAACUGGAAAAGACACGUCAGCGGAAUCCAUCAGAUCGGCACAUUAUUUCACAGGCUGAAAGUGAAUUGCAGAGAGCUUCCCUGGAUGCAACUCGAACAACUCGGCAGUUAGAGGAAACCAUUGAUAAUUUUGAGAAACAGAAAAUAAAGGACAUAAAAAACAUAUUUUCUGAAUUUAUAACUAUAGAAAUGUUAUUCCAUGGGAAAGCUUUAGAGAUAUAUACUGCUGCCUACCAAAAUAUCCAAAAUAUUGAUGAAAAUGAAGAUUUAGAGGUUUUUCGGAGCUCGCUUUAUCCAUCUGACUAUCAAUCUCGCUUAGACAUAGUUCGUGCAAAUUCAAAGUCACCCCUGCAAAGAACUGGCUCCUUAAAAUCUUCAUUAAGGACAGUACAGAUUUCCAGCAGUAUGUUAAGAAAAGACGAAGAAGAGGAGGAAGAAGAUGAAGAUGAGGAAGAGGAGGAGGAGGAGGAGGAAGAAUUAGAUGCUACUAAAGAAGUGAGAUAA